AUGACGCCUAUCAGUAAUGUUGAGGACUCUAUUGCCACUAUCCUUGCCAUUAUUGUUUUCUUUAUGCAGGCUGGCUUUGCAUUUUUGGAAGCUGGUUCAGUUCGAUCUAAAAACACGACCAGCGUAUUGCUCAAGAACUUUAUGGAUGCUAUUUGUGGCUGUGUUGCAUAUUGGGCAAUGGGAUAUGCACUUGCCUUUGGAGAUGGCAAUGCAUUUAUGGGAACGGAGCACUUCUUUCUUUCAGGAAUUGGACUCUAUGAUACAGAGUUUGUGAAAUGGUUUAUUUUCUACGUUUAUGCUAUUACGGCGACUACAGUUGUGAGCGGAGCUAUGGCAGAGAGAACACAACUGAAGAGUUAUUUGAUAUUCACCAUUUUAUGUACAGGAUGGGUACAGCCUAUUGCAUCUCAUUGGGUAACUUCAGAAGAAGGAUGGUUGCAAUCUGGUAUUUUUUAUGACCAUCACAAUGUGACUAUUCGCUAUGUGGAUUUUGCUGGAAGCAGUUACAUUCACGUUGUUGGAGGGAUGUCUGCUCUUGUAGGUGCUGCUGUAGUUGGUGCACGUCAUGGUCGUCUUGAUGAGAGAGGAAAUCUGGUAACGAUAUCAUCACAUGCAACAACAAUGUCAACACUAGGAGGGUUUAUUGUAAUAUUUGGCCUCUUUGCAUUGAAUUUGAUUGCUCACAGCAGUAUUUCUGAAAUCAAUGAUGGUGGUAUACAUGGACUGAUUGUCGUCAACUGCAUACUGGCAGCUACUGGAGGUAGUCUUACUGCUGUAGUAUAUAGACGACUUACUGAUCGGCAAAAUAAACAAUGGAGUCUUGUGGCUGCUAUCAAUGGCUCAUUAGUUGGACUGGUUUCUAUUAGUGCAGGUGCUAAUGUGGUAUAUCCAUAUGGAGCAUUUGCUGUUGGUUUAGUAUCAGGGUUGGUGUACAGCUUGUCAACAAAGUUAGUUGAACGUUACAGAGUGGACGAUCCAUUGGACGCUAUUGCAGCCAUAUGGACAUUCGUGUGGGCUGCUGUUAUAUUUGGAGUUUUGGCCUGCCUGAAUGUUCUUCGGGUUUCAUCGGAAGAAGAACUAAAAGGUCUUGAUGUUGUAAAGCACGGGGAAAGAGCAUAUGCCCAUAAUAGCAAAGACAGCAGGAGACUGACUCGCAGAUUUUCUGAUGCUCUCGGUAAUGUCCAUGGUAUUAACCUUGCAACUGGUUUGCAGUGGUCUCCUGAUGGUUCUGAAAUGCAGCCCGAGCAGCCUACAGUAGGAGGCACUGUUGUUGAAAAUGUGAAUGUUGAAGAUGGUAUUAGAGCUUCUACCUCUACGAAAGAAUCGCCCAACAGCAGCAUAGAGCCAUUGGAAAUAUCUUCUGUGUAAAUAUGCUACCAAUUAUAUGAACCAAUUUAUGCAAUUAAACAAAUUCUGGAACUCUAUGCAGUAAACGAUGCUUUUACAAAUGAUUAGUAGAUGUAUAGUUGUCUUCUGCAUUGAUUGUUUGAUGCACUGCACUUAUUGAUCCUCCACGCAUCUUGUUAUGUCUUUCUGCUUUUUCUGCUUU